UUCUCUCUAAAAACACGAUUCCUUUGAAGACAACAGAGACUGGGUUGACUCAGAAAUUUCUUCCGAUGAUUCAAUUCAUAGUCCACAUAAAACCUUCAACUGCUUCUUGGUAACUAACUGCUUCUUCAACCAACCCCACAAGAAGCCUCUAUGAGGAUAUAUCAUAUAUCUCAAGCAAACCAGAAAAAUUAUUCCCAACGAAGUAUAGUUGAUCUUAUUAGACAACAUAUUAAGGUUUGUAUGGCUGAAGAAAAAGAAAGAUUGGAAGAAGUUAAAAAGAUGCAGAGUGAAAGUGUUCGAAAAUUGGAAAGGGACCGGCUCAGCGACUUGCCUGACUUUGUUUUGCUCCAUAUAAUGAAAUUUAUGAAUACAAAACAAGCCGUGCAAACUUGUGUAUUGUCGAAAAGAUGGAAGGACCUUUGGCAACGUCUUACUAAUCUUGCAUUGAAUUCCUAUGAUUUCACCAGCCUCACUCAUUUCAGCAAGUUUGUGUCUUCAGUUCUGUCUCACCGAAACGGCUCAGUUUCUUUGCAUGAUCUUGAUUUAAGGCAGAAAGGUUGCAUUGAACCCGGACUCCUUGAUAGGGUCAUGACAUAUGCCGUGUCACAUAAUGUCGAGAACUUGACAAUUGAAGUUAAUUUAAAUUUUGAACGAGGUUUCAAGUUGCACCCUUGCGUCUUUUUCUGUCGAACUUUGACGUAUCUUAAGCUUUCCAUUUGGGCCAUCCCAUGGAUGACUGAAUUACCAACUUCCCUUCAGUUGCCGGCUUUAAAAAGCUUGCAUCUUGAGCAUGUCACUUUUGCUGCAAAUGACAAUGGUUUUGCCGCGCCGUUUUCAAAUUGUCACAUGUUGAACACUUUGGUUCUUGACCGAUGUAAUCUGCAUCGCGAUGCAAAGUUCCUCACCAUAUCCAAUUCUAUGAUUUCUUGUUUGACCAUAGGCAGUACUAUUCAAGAAGUAGCUUACAAAAUUGUGCUUUCUACUCCAAAUCUUAAUUCUCUCACUGUCACGCGUGAUCUCAUUCACCAUGUUUCAGCAUGCGAUCUUUGUUUUCUUGAACGAGUAUAUAUUGAUGUCGAUGCCUACUUUCAUACAAACUUUGAGAGGACGUAUUCGGCUUUAAUUAGUUGGCUUCAAGCGCUCGCUAAUUAUGUACAGAUAAUGACGCUUUCUUCAAGUACCCUUAAGAUAUUAAAUGUUCUCUCGACUUCGAUGAUAAGUCAACUUCCUUGCUUUGUUAGAUUGGAAUCGUUGAAAUUGAAAAUGAAAUCUUCUUCAAAUAUAUCAGAUGAGAAAGUUAGCAGGAUAGUGGAGUUCUUGCUUCAAAAAUCUCCGCUGGCGAAAGUUGAGAUGAUAGAUUGUUGAGUGAUAUGCAUGCAUAACUUCUCAGAUGAAUUUUUUUUAUGGAUGGAUGAUGAAAAUGUUGGUCUUGCAAUUUGAAUUUGGAGAAUAAUGGUUAGUAAAAUCUUCCAUUUAAAACUGAGUUGAUUCUGCAUCAAGAAACAAAGUUUUUAUUUGGAUGCCUUUUAAAUUAUAAUAAAUAUUAUUUAGUGGCAAUCCAAUUUAAACUAUCUUUUUUGUAAUACUGAUUAUAAUUUAGAUCAUACUCAAAGACAACUGCUGAAUAAAAAAAGGGCACAUCAUAGACUGAAGAAUCUAAAGUGUGUUUGUUUUUUGGUAAUUCAUGCUGCAUAUUGUUUGUCAAGUUUUAAAUUUUAAUCCAUGAAAAUGCAUCAAAUAGUAUUCUACUAUGAUUAAGACUAACUUUAUUAUUUAGGCAUAAUUUAAACUUUUAGAGGAUUUCUGGUUUGUUGUUUGUUUUCAUUCCCAUUAACAUGAUUUUGGGAAAUAAUUAGUGAAAAUAACAAAAUUUGUUUUCGCCAUGAUCUUUACUAAAUCCAUGCUCAACUUUUAUAUGAAAUUUUUUGAUGCAUUUGAGGGUGUUGAAUUGGUUGCUGCCCAAUAACUGAAGUGAUAUAAGAUGAACAUACUAUUAUAAAUCACAGAAGCAUGGAUCAUGAAGCGACAAAAUGAUGAGAUAAUAGAAACUCUUAAUGAGAUCUAUAUUUUAUGUGGAGUGGAGCACCUAGCUACAAUAGUACUCUUGAUAAAUUCAUCUAUUUGAGACAUAAUUUCUAGAGUGUUUACUAUAUUAGGAUAGACGUGCAUGCCCAUUAAUGCACGAACUUUUGAGAAUACAUCAUAUGAAAAGGUUAUGGUCCUAAAAUCAUUGUCCCUUCAAUUUUAGAGCGACCUUCGUGUCGUAUUCCCUUUUGAUUUACGAGUGGUAUUAGUAUCAAACUUAUAAGUGAUCGUAAUAGCCAUAUUAAUGGUGUAAUUAUAGAAUGAUUUUCUACAGUGCAGUAAAACGUCAAUACAAUUUGUAAUUGCAGUAGAACGUCAAUACAGUUUGUAACUAGAAUGUUUUAAAUUGAGGACGUCGUGGUUGAUAGUUGCACCACUUUGGGCAGUGCCGUGAAACAUUUUAAAGAAAUCGACUUAGUCUGCAACUCAAUCCAAUAUCUUCGGCUGUUGAAAAUUAUUUUUAUAACACUUUUUCGAAACUCAUAAUCAACAACACUCUCGUUUUCUAUGUGGAUAGCUUCAACUAAAGGGAAAGCUAGGAGACCAUGGUUGCAACUAUUGGUAAGGAGGUGAUUAAUAACUUUCUUGUUUUCUGUUAACCGAACUCUUACGAUAAAUAUACCUAGGAUCUGUUUGUACAUUUCUCACUAUAUUUGUUAUGAGAUAUCUGAUUGUACAACAACUCUCACUAUAUUUAUUCUGUAAUUUUUUAUAUUUAUUACUGUCAAA